GCGAAUCGGUUGAACUAUUCCAUCGGUUGAUCCGUUACUUUUGCACUAAAUCCCAUGUUAAACAGUCGUCAGAACUUAAUACGUAUAGAAAUAGGUCUAAUCAAAUAAAAAUAUAUUGAUAAACUGUUGAGUUCAUUUUUCGGUUUUGUAAACGAUUUAAUGUAAGCAUAGCCACAUGAAUAUUUUAACGAUUUUUUGUUAUGUAACUGUGAUGUGCGACACUCAAGUCAAGCCGGCUGUGAGCGCACAAAGAUUGCAGAGUGUGAACCAAAAUGUGACACCAACCAACGAUGGACGUAAAACCAUCAGAGAAACGUCGUCAUAUCCAACUCGAUAUGAUUAUAUUGAUAUUGAAGCUGUUAUGAACAAUGAACGAAUCAUAAAAAUUCUCUUCAACUGUGUUAUGAGCCGAGGACCAUGUACCAGAGAGGGUUUGGAGCUCAAAAGGAUUGUUCCAGAUGCAAUUCAAACAGAAUGUGCUAAAUGUAAUGAAAGACAAAGAAAACAAGCAGGCAAAGUUUUAGCUCAUUUACUACAGUACAAACCAGAGUAUUGGAAAAUGUUGGUGCAAAAAUUCGAUCCAAAUAAUGUCUAUUUGAGAAAGUAUAUGGCAGACAAUGAUGAUGACGAAAAAUUAUCUCUUCAAAAACUUAGUAACGAUACUACUAAAAAAAAGCGGAAUAUUUAGUUAUACAAUAAUUUUUUUAUUGAAUAACAAAUUUUAUAUUUUCUUUUGAAUAUAGUAGUAUAUAUUUUAAAUUAUAAAAAAUAAGCCAAUGCACCUAUAAUAUUAGAAGUAUUUUAAAGUGUAACAUUUAAAAAAUAUUAUCUUCAAGAUAUGUUUUAUAUAAUUUAUUGAUACAAUUUAAUUAUAUAUUUUACACACAUACUACAUACAUAUUUUUUGUCGUACUUAAUAGUUUUUAUUUCAUACACA